CCCAUCGAAACCCUAAAAGCUUAGGCUUUUUAGCCUGUAUUUGCUUUGCUAUUCGACAUGAUUUCUCCUCCCUUCCUUUUGUUGCAUCAGUUCAAUUUUCUGUAGGAUCGAUUGAAUCCACUACUGUGAGAUAUGGGAUAUUUAAAUUCUUUUUUCUUGCGUUUGUGUUUUACUAUUUGUUUUGUUUGAAUCAUCUUAUUUUAUCCUUUCCUGUUCUCUCCUCUAAGUUUUAUGUCUCUAGUAUCUCGUCUUGUUGGAAUACCUAAAACCAAAUCUUCUUAUGGAACCUUUACUACAAACGUUCUGAAACCGCAUAAAGGCGUUGAACACGCUAAGAACCUGUUUGAUGAAACGUCCAACAGAGACUUGUGGUCACUAAACGCUCUUCUUGCUGCCCAAGUUCGAAAUGGCGACGCUCAUGCUGCAUGGCAUCUUUUCCGUAAGAUGCACCGGACGCGCCAUGAUCUGGAUUCUUACACCUUUACACCUGUUAUUGGCGCGUCCACAGCCCUGGCAGACCUCAAGAGAGGUCGACAAGUCCAUGCUUUGGUCAUCAAAACCGGUGCUGUUUCCGAAACUGUUACACAAACCGCCGUCAUGGACAUGUACUCCAAGUGUGGACACUUGAGUGAGUCGGUUCGCCUCUUCAAAGAAACAAGAUCGAAGGAUGUUGUUACAUGGAACACCAUGAUUUCAGGUUUCCUCUGCCAUAAUCUUACUAGGGAUGCACUCCGUGUCUUUGAAGCAAUGAGAAAGAGUGGAGUCCACUUUAGUGAUUUCACGUUGUGUUCUGUGCUGAAAGCCUGCGCUUCUCUGAAGGCUCUUAAACAGGGGAGGGAAGCUCAUGCGUUAGUAAUUGUUAGGGCUUGUGAUAUGCUAGUCUUGGGUACUGCUCUCAUUGAUUUCUAUUCAAGUUGCGGGUUAAUGGAUGAAGCCAUUAAUGUUUUCCGCAAUUUGAAUUGCAGAAAAGAUGAUGCAAUCUAUAACUCGUUGGUUUCUGGUUGUGUCCGAAAUAGAAAGUACAAAGAGGCUUUCUCUAUUAUGAAUUACAUGAAACCAAAUGAGAUUGCCCUCACCAGUAUUCUUUCUGCCUGCUCAGAGUGCUCAGAUUUAUGGAUUGGGAAGCAGAUACACUGUGUGACAAUCCGUCUUGGCUUUGAGUGGGACACUCAACUUUUAAAUACUUUGUUAGACAUGUAUGCUAAAUGUGGUAAAAUAUCAAUCGCCCGAUUCUUGUUUGAUCGAAUUCCUCAAAAAAAUGUGGUUUCUUGGACCAGUAUUAUAGAUGCAUAUGGCAGUCAUGGGUAUGGUGCCAAAGCUCUUGAGAUGUUUGAUAAGAUGAGCAAGGAACAGACUGGUGUUUCACCAAAUUCAGUGACAUUUUUGGCUGUUCUAUCGGCUUGUGGGCAUUCAGGUCUGGUGGAAAAAGGUCGAGAAUGUUUUGUUUCCAUGAGAUUGGAACAUGGAAUAAUUCCAAGAUCAGAGCAUUAUGCAUGCUUUAUAGACCUCUUAGGCCGGGCAGGUCAGCUUGAAGAAGCCUGGGGUGUUUUUUAUGAUAUGCAAAAGAUGGGCAAUGAGCCCAUGGGUGCAGUAUGGGCAGCCYUACUUAAUGCUUGUAGAAUUAAUUUGGAUGUGAAGAGGGGUGAGUUUGUAGCAAGACGCCUACUUGAGUUGGAGCCAGACAAACCUGGGAACUACAUACUGCUUUCAAACUUCUAUGCUGCCAUUGGGAGAUGGGAUGUUGUGGAGGAGUUGAGGAAUUUGUUGCGGGAGAAAAGUCUGAGUAAGGAAGCAGGGAGUAGCUGGAUAACCAUUGAAUGCUAGGUUGGAAAUGUUGACCUAUUGGUUCAAGAAAAAUGAUAUUGAUGAGCUUUAAGAAGUGGCCGUGCCUUUAAGAUUCUAUGCUAUUGGCAAUGUUAUAGRGACAAUGAUAGGUGUUCAGUUGAAGCAUCUACUUCAUGACUUUGGUGGUUUUCUUGAACACGAAUGAUUCCAAUUACAGUGGUUUCUGAGAUCAGAAUCACUGAGAAACCUACUCUAUAAUGUGUGAUUUCUGGAACCACUUUGAAAUCGUUGACUCAAUUAUUAAAAAAGAAUAUUCCCUCCAUUUUGGCAUCAGUUUUUGAUGUUUUUUGAAAUUAGUUAACUGAUUUUCCUCUUUGGGUGUAAUGAUUACUCUUUUACUGCCCUUUUGCUGGUAUUGUGUGGGGCAACUUGCUUGACAAAACAAUAAUCAAUCCAUGUUGAAGAACGCAAUGGUGAUUUUCUGAGUCCUGGAAACUAAUGAAGUCGGAAAUUAAAAACAUUCUCUGUUGCCCAGCUUCACAGUAAUUAUCCACAGAAAUUGGUUUGCAAUGGUAAACCUUUUAUGUUAGCAGCAUGUUUAGUACAUUUUCUAUUACAUAGUGAGCUAUAGUAUGCAUUUGCACCAUAUCAACUAUUACUGAUAACAUACUUUAGGGUGUCAUAAAUGGAAGACUUUGUUUUUGUUCCCCUUAUGUGGUUAGAUUUUGAAGGGCCUUGGCAUCCCUUGCUUCAAUUAAGUCUUUAUUCUGGUUUACACCCGUUUUGGUUCCUCCACAAAUUUGAAAGUAUUGCCAGGCUUGGAAUGUAGAACCUACAAGUGAACUGUUCAUAUUGCAUGUUGAGGUAUCRAGUGUAAUUUUGGUCAUCACUUUACUGUGCUCUAGGCAAAGUGAAGAAUACUGAUUUCCAGUAUUUUAACUGUUCUCUAGGCAAGUUCAGGCUUCUUCAAUGAUGGGAGGACCAAACCAAUUUCAAUAAAGUCCUCAUGGCUGUUAUUAAAUCUUGUUUAAUCUCUCCUCCCCCAAAAAAUAAAAAACAAAACAAAAAAGGGAAAAUGAAAAGAAAAGCAUUCAAUUUAUCUAAUUAUAUUUUUUAAGUUGCUAAGUUCAAUCACAUUGACACUCCUCUCUGUCCCUUUGAACCUCCUUUUGUGAAUCCUCUCUUCUGGAGCUAAGAAUGAAAUGUUUCGCCGCGCUGCAGUGCAGCAAAUUGGCAUUAGCAAUUAGAGAGGGAUGCUAUAGCGAGGGGAUGACAGCAUUGUGGCUUCUUCUCUCUUAUUGAAAGCUACCAUCCAACGGAUAUUGGAACUGCCUCUACAUCUUAAAAUUAAGCUCAUCUUCGAUGGUUGCAGCAUAGGUUACUGUAUUAAUUCAGGAAUUCAUCAUGUGAAGUCCUUUUGAUUUACACUGGACCACUUGGACUUGGUAACUCCAGCCAAGAUGGAAGUUACUCAGUUUUACAAGGGCUGAAAUUGGCUGACUGGAUUAUAUAGAGCAUAAAGUAGAAGGGAACUCUAGGCUUGUAAUGGAUGGUUAAGCGAUGUUAAGGGAUGAAAAGUUAGUUUCUUUGAUCUACACCCAUACUAUAAGAGAAGCAAGAUCCUUCAUAUCCAGAUUGAAAAUGUCGUUCAAAUGGAUUCCUAGGAGUGUGAACACUUCUGAUUUUUUUUUUUUUUUUUUGCAAGGGAGGGCCGGAGGGGCAUAAACAAUCUGGCAAUAAUUACAUAGUCAUGUCACUAAGAUUUGGAUUGAAAAAAAUUGGUCAAGUCAAAUAGUUUUCUUUUUGCAAUAUACAUAUACUAUUACUAGGAAUAGGAUAAUUGAUCUUUAUUGGGGAUAACCUAGGAAUUGUAGUAAAGUGUGCUGUUUCUGGUUUGUAUGUACAUUGGAUAUGUUUCCUCAUUUAUUUAGCUGACAAAAUACUUG